AUGCGUGCGGGAUCGUGCGACCAGAACCACCUUCCGCCGCACGCCUCCGUGGAGAUGCUGUGCAGGAGGGUCGCCCAGAUCACCGAUAAGUGCGAGGGGGAUCCAGCGCGACCGAAAUGGCAUGGGGUCGACCACAAGAUGGGAAGUAGUGAGCCGAUGGGCAUCGUCGACCCUGUCCUGAAGAGCUCUCUGGCCCGUUAUAAUGAAAAGAACAUCGGGCUCGAGAAGGUGAAGAACAGCGUGAGGGGCCUGUCUGCCCGGGGCCCAAUCGUCUGUCAUGCUGCAGCUGGGCCGGAGGCCAUGGUGGGCCAGAGGGCCCUGGGGAUUCGAAGGGCAGCGCCAGCGCCGGGGGAAAAGUCGAGCGAGCUGCCGCCUCUGCCGAGGCGCCGGCGUCGAAACCAUGACCUCGACGCCCCUUGUAGGACGUGUUGCCUGCGGGGGGCUUGCAGCCUGCGGGAAACGACGGGAUUAUCUUUAGUUUUCCUUUCCCCGCCCUCAAGCUCGGCGCCAGCGCUCCCCCUUCUCCCACACGGGGUGUCCGUUGCCGCGGGGCCCGUCGACGGCGGCGGGUCGUCCGCGAGGCUGACGCUGCGAUCGAUGCUUCUCCUUGGUUGCAAUGCCGCGGCGCUGCGGCUAGGCCGCGGCGCGCUAGUCAGUCUGUGGGGGCGCAGGCGCGCGUCUUGCCAGCUGUCGAGGAGAUGCCGGCGGCUGACGUGA